AUGUCUGGCUACGACCAAUAUAACCAAGGCUACUCCCACAACCAAGGCUAUGGCCAGGGUGGAUACCCCCCUCAAGGUGGCUACAAUCAGCAGCAAGGGUACGGACAACCACAGGGUGGCUAUGACCAAGGAUACAACCGUGGCGGGAGCUCCGGUGACUACUACGGCGGUGGUGGCAGUGGUGGAAGCUCCAACGACUACUAUGGUGGCCAGCAGCCACAGCACAGCCAGUACGGCCAACACGCCCAGUACGGCGGCCAGCAGCCUCACGGCCAGCAGAACUCCUACAACCAGUACGGAGGAGGCGACCAACAACAGGCCCCUGGUGGUGCUCAGGAGGGUGAGCGUGGACUGGGUGGAGCACUUGCCGGUGGGUUAGCCGGCGGCUUCGCCGGCCACAAGGCCGAUCACGGAAUCCUCGGAACUAUCGGUGGAGCGAUUAUGGGCAGUAUCGCAGAGGAUGCUAUCAAGAAGCACAGGAACAAGGAGAAAGAGCAGGGCCCUCCUGAAUACGGCAACUAUGGUGGUGGUAGCGGCUACGGCGGUGCUCCCCCUUCGAACCAGGGUGGUGGUAUGAUGGAUCAGUUGGGUAACUUCUUCAACAAGAGGUAG